GAAGUAUGACCAUAGCCCAUACAAAAUUGGGCCCACUUACGGGUUGGCACGUGCGAGGGAGUCGCACGAAACGGAGCAGAAGCUUCUGGGUCUCUCUUCGGGAGACGAUUUGAGAAGAAAAGAUCUGAAUUCACAAUUCUCAACUACCAAACAUUUUAGGGUUUCAUUUCAGCUAUCUAUCUUCCACGCUCUGCAAUGUCUUCUCCCGGCGAGUAUUAUAGAUCUCUUCCACCUAUAAGCAAGGCUUAUGGAACUGCUUGCUUUAUAGCUACUGUAGCUUACCAACUUGGAUUAUAUAAACCAGUUCACAUUGCACUAUUAUACGAUCAAGUGUUCUACCGUUUUCAGAUUUGGAGGCUGUUCACAAACCUUUUUUUCCUCGGUGGAUUCUCCGUCAAUUUCGCCAUUCGUCUUUUAAUGAUAGCAAGGUAUGGUGUCCAACUUGAGAAGGGAGUAUUCGAAAGACGGACUGCUGAUUUCUUGUGGAUGAUGAUAUUUGGAGCCUCUGCACUAUUGGUUUUGUGUGCAAUCCCCUUUUUUUGGUCCCCCUUUUUGGCAGUAUCACUUGUUUUUAUGCUCCUUUAUGUUUGGAGCAGAGAAUUUCCAAACGCUCAAAUCAACAUUUAUGGACUUUUUGCAAUUAAGGCCUUCUAUCUUCCGUGGACGAUGCUGGCUUUGGAUGUCAUUUUCGGUUCACCUAUAAUGCCUGAUCUAUUGGGCAUCAUUGCGGGACAUCUCUACUACUUCUUGACAGUGUUGCAUCCACUAGCAGGUGGAAAAAACAUUUUGAAAACUCCAUUGUGGGUAAAUAAAUUGGUUGCAAGAUGGAGAAUUGGAGCCCCACCAAUUAGUCGUGGCCAGCCUGUUAAUAAUGCUCAACAAGAGAGCGGUUCAGGAGUUUUCAGGGGAAGAUCCUACCGACUUAAUGGGUAGAUGCAAUAAAGGAAGGGGGUGAAUUUUCUUGACCAGUUGUUUCAUCUUCCCGUUAUAGGUUGGUGACUUGAAAGUUGACACCACUGACAUAUGGAGCUAAACAUCCCUUGUGAAUUUGAAUGAGAACACUGUAUGGACCUUGACAGUUCAUUAAAAACCAAACUUUCUUUUGGGGAGCCUUAUAAUUUGAAUAGUUUACUUGGGAGAUUUUACUUGUAAGAAAGGCCCGAAAAGAAAAUCUUGUGAACUAAAUUAGUUGUCAAAUGUUAUUCUUCUUGGAUUCA